AAAGGACAUACCCUAUGAUGGCAGCAGAAAGGACAUGCCCCUAACCUGCCAGCAUGAUGUACAUCUAGCAGAACAACUGGUAAAAGUAAUGUGGAGAUCUCUGGAUCCAUGGGAGGUGAAGGCAUAGAACAUUUCUGGAAAGUUAUUUUUGACGGAAGAAAUUGUACAACAGAAAUACCAGAAGAAAGAUUUGACCUGAAAAAAUGGUACGAUUCUGAUCAUACCAAACCAGGCAAAAUGUACACCAGUCGGGCAGCAUUUGUAGAUGGGAUUAAUGAGUUUGACAAUAAAGUAUUUGGAAUGAAUAAUUCGGAAACUGCCAAUAUGGAUCCACAACACAAAUUACUGCUUGAAUGCACAUAUAGAGCUCUGGAAGAUGCAGGCUAUCCCUCUGAAAAUAUUCGUGGAAGGAAAAUUGGAGUGUUCAUAGGUCUCAUGAACAGAGAUGCCGACUAUAUUUUUAAUAAUUCUCCAGAAAACAUCAAUCAUUUUAAUGGCACUGGGACAGCAACAAGCAUAGCUGCCAACAGGAUAUCCUACUGCUUUAAUCUGAUGGGACCUUCCCUAUCAAUUGACACUGCCUGCUCUUCAUCCUUGGUUGCUUUACACUAUGCUUGUCACGCCAUCAGGCAAGGUGAUUGUGAGAUGGCGAUAUGUGGUGGUGUCAGCUGUAUCAUCGAACCUCGCAUCUUCGUUUCCCUUUGUAAGGCAAAGAUGCUAUCCGCUGAUGGAACCAGUAAACCUUUCUCUAAUAGAGCAGAUGGAUACGGAAGAGGAGAAGGAUGUGGCAUUAUUCUACUAAAACCUUUCAAAAAGGCUAAAGAAGAAUACUGUAAAGUCUGGGGACUUAUAAGUGCAAGUGCAAUAAACCAAGAUGGACACUCAGUAUCACCCAUCACAAGGCCAUCUCAAAAUCAGCAGGAAUAUUUAUUGCAACACAUCUAUAGCAAGAUAGAUCCAUGUUCUGUGCAAUACAUUGAGGCUCAUGGUACUGGUACACCAAUUGGUGACCCAACAGAAGCUGCCAGCUUAGGAAAUAUCAUUGGGGAAAAAAGGAAUGGAAUGACACCCCUAAAGAUUGGAUCCGUUAAAGGAAACAUAGGUCACACUGAAUCUGCUGCUGGAGUUGCUGGCUUAAUAAAGGUUCUUCUCAUGAUGCAUCAUGAAAUAAUCCCUCCAUCUCUACAUUAUUCUAAAGAAAAUGGCAUCAAAAUGAUUGGUGAAUCAAAACUAGAGAUUCCAACCAGAACUGAAAAGUGGCAGGAGGACAUCAAAUUUGGAAGAAUGGCAGGAAUAAAUUGUUUUGGGUUUGGUGGAACUAAUGUUCAUGUUGUUAUCAAACAAGAUAAGCAAGAAUAUCCCAAAUAUCACUCAAAACGAUCAGUUGACAUAUUGAUAUUAUCUGCAGCCUCAAGCAAAUCCCUUCAACUAUGUAUCGAAGACACAAAAAUAGCAUUAGGCGGCACAACAUCCUUAACUCUGGAGAACCUGGUCUACACAGCAGCUUGCAGGAGAAGUCAUUUAAAUUACAAACACAGAAUAGGAUUUAUGGCCUCUUCAUUAACUCAAUUGCACCAACAGUUACAAACUGUGAGCAAAUACCCCCUUAUAGCUACAUCCAGCCCUCAUAUUGUGUUUGUAUUCUGUGGUAAUGGAGUCCUUUAUAAAGGGAUGUGUAAGAUGUUACUUGAACAUGAGCCAGUGUUCAGGACAACAUGUAUGGCAGUUGAUAGGUUGAUUCAGUCUUACACCUCCAUUUCUGUGCUGCAGUUGUUACAGGAAGAGUUUGAUGAUUUUUCAAAACCAGAUGUGACACAGUUGUUGCUCUUUACAAUUCAGGUGUCAUUAGUAGCUCUCCUAAAACACUGGGGGGUAAGGCCAAACUGCACUGUGGGCCAUUCAGUUGGAGAAGUUGCGGCAGCACAUUGUUCUGGACUUAUUUCACUUGAAGAUGCUGUAAAAAUUAUAUAUUAUAGGAGCACACUGCAAUGCAAAGCUGUUGGGGGACUUAUGUUGGUAGUUGGAAAUAUACUCGUGAUGGAAAUAUCAAAAAUAAUUCAGUUAUACAAGGGAAAAGUAUGUAUUGCUGCUUAUAACAGUCCUACUUCAUGCACAUUGUCAGGUGACAUGUUUUCAAUAAAACACCUCCAAGGGGAACUGACCAAGAAAUACAAUGAAAAUAAUAUAUUUCUGCAUAUACUUGAUGUCCCUGCUGCAUACCACAGCCACAUGAUGGAUCCUAUAUUGAAUGAGAUAAAAGAGAUGUUGAGAGAUUUACAGGAAAAAGAUAUUCAUGUUGAUAUUAUAUCAACAGUGACCGGAAAGCCUGCAUCCAAAGGAGAUUUCACCACUGGUGAUUACUGGGCUAAAAAUAUUCGUGAAUCAGUUGCCUUUCAACAAGCUAUAGAAGCUUCAGCAAGAGAUAAAGAAAACACUCUAUUUAUUGAAAUAGGUCCUCGGAGAGCACUACAAAGGAACAUAAUUGAAACAUUAGGCCCCAACACAACAGUAUUACCUGCUUUACAGCCCAAUAAAGAGUAUGAGACCAUCUUUUCCAUGCUGAUUGCACUUUUUACACAAGGAUACAACCCUGAGUGGUGUAAUGUUUUUGACGCAUAUAAAUCAUCUCCAUCUAUUAUUCCAAGAUAUCAAUUUGAUCACAUCAAACAAGAUAUCAGAUAUGAAAAAAUUAGACAAGGGAACCAAACUGCAUCCAAACUGCGUCCUAACCACCCAUUAAUUUGCAGCUUGAGUGAGGAUUUCACUGACUUCCAAUGUACGGUAUCUAAAACCAUUACUUCCUAUGUCUAUGAACAUACAAACUGGGGUUCUGCCCUCAUUCCAGGUGCAUUCUAUGUAGAACUUGGAUUAGCAGCUGCAUCCAUGAGCUUCAAACCUAAAGCACCUUUAAGUUCUUUAGAAAUCAGUGUAACAUUUUCCAACCCUUGUGUUCUUCACCAAGACUCUGUUGACCUGAAAAUCAAGCUACACCAAGAAGGCAAAGUAACUCAUUUUGAAGUUCUAACAUCACACAUUUUUGCAAGUGGGCAACUCCUAAAGAAUAACUCUAUGGCAAACACAGUAAAAAGAAUCUCAGUUGAACAGAUAUUCAGUAGAUGUACCUCUAUUUUCAAAACUGAAAGGACUUAUGAGCAGCUCUCUACACUUGGAUUUGAAUACGGGAAAAGUUACAAGCAUCUGGGUGAUGUUCAUUAUGGAAAUGAUCUCAAAGAAGGGAUUGCCAGAGUGAAAGUGAGUGAAGAAGUCAGAGAAACAAUGUAUGAGUACCACAUCCAUCCAGUCAUUUUAGACUGCUUUCUUCAAAUGGGAGUUUGUGUGGGAUUGAGAACAAAAGAAUCAGCAAUCUUCCCAUCAUCCAUUGGAAGUUUAACGAUUCUACAGCCUCUCCAAGAAGAAAUGAUCAUCUACAUGAAAACAAUAAAAACAACAGAGAAGUACAUUGAGUUAUGUGGAUGUUUUGCAGACAACACUGGUUCAAUUUUAGUAGAAAUAAAAAGUGCUAAGUUGUCAUUUCUAAAACAAACAGAGAACAAACAAGUGAAAACUUUUUACCAAGUUAAAUGGACACAAUGUUCACAACCCAGUCAUAUACCAGAACACGAGCCAAAAAUGUUGAUUUUUUCUGACACUCUAGGAAUAGGUGAAAAAUUAUCAAAGUACAUGCCAAAUGAACCUAACUAUAUUAUGUUCAACAGCUGGGAUUCAGAUUUUCAGGCACAAAAGCUUCUCAAUAGUGACUGCACUGAUGUUGUGUUUAUGUGGGGAAUCCAAAGAGUAUCUGAAAACAUUCCAAACAACCUUACACAAUAUCUAGCAAAAUGCUGUGAAGUUUAUCGACAGCUGAUCUUAGCAGUGAGUAAAAAAUCCCCUAAGCCUUCUAUCCGUACAGUGACAUUCAGAACAGUAGACAGUACAGUAGAUAGUAUUAACCCUGGAUUUGCAUUUGUCGGAAUGACAAGAGCUUGUCUCUUUGAAAUGCCUGACAUAACAUUUCAGCUGAUUGACAUUAGCUCCACAAGUCCCCAAGAUGUUAAGGCACUAGCCCAGGUUCUUCAUAAUUAUAACCCAGAGGACCAUCCUGAGAUCUGGGUUAAUGAAGGUUCUAUUUAUGCUAAUGAAAUAAUUUUCACUGACACUGAAAAGAGAACAAGGCAGAUCGAUUAUUUACAGAAAUCUGAUAAUUUCACCCUUUACACUUCAGAGCCUUAUACUGUAACUAAUAUUUCUGCUGAACAGUCUAAUUACAAAUUAUUUGAGCUUAAAAGCAAAGACUUGGAAAUCUGUGUUGAUGAAAUUUGCAUCCACACAGAUGAUUAUUUUCCUAUUAGCCUUUCAAGCUGGAAAUAUGGGAAUACUUUGUACUGGAACUCGUUGACUAGUGAUAAGCAUGAGCUUGUUGCGCUGGAUUUUGCUGGUAUUGUGACUGCCGUUGGCGAAGGUGUUAAGAGAUUUCAGGUUGGCAAUCGAGUUGCCGCUUGCUAUCCAAUAACUGCAACCUCUAACAUCAGUAUUCCCGAAAAUGUUUGCUUCUUAGUCAAAAAAGCUCCACUGAUAAAAAAUGCUCCUUGCAUCUCAUUCUUUGUCUUAGCCUGGGAAAUUCUGCACAAUCAACUACCACGUGCAAAGAAUAAGUCUAAACUUGCUAUUCUAACGCCUGAUGUAAACUCAGUCCUAUGCAAAGUUUUGGCCAAGACAGCAAAGCAGAGUGGAUGGGAAACUGUAAUAUCUGCUGCAAGUAGGGCAGUUGAUAAGCAGUGCACUUCAAUGGUUAUUCUUCCGACAGUAGGAGAUGUCCCUAGAGAAGUUCUUAAUGCACUACCACUCCUCAAAGAUGUGGUAUUAGUAUCUGAUCAUAAAAAUAAUAAAAACUUGCGAAAUACAAUUCUUAGCAGCAAUGAAGACUUUCAAAUCCACUUACUUGAUAUUUCUGCUAUUUUCCAGAAGGCAUAUUUGCAACAGCAUUCAAAAAAUCUGCAUAAGUGGCUUUAUUCCAUUACUUCAAAAAACACCAUUAACAUUCCAAAACGCUUGAUUCAACCAUCAUGGAGAGAAUCUGACUGUCAUAUUGGAGAAGCCAGCUACUUUACUUCUCAGUCCUUACCGGUAAUUGAGCUAGACAAUAGUACUGUCUCAGCAAUACCAAUGUCAGCAUCCAAUCCAAUGCUCUUCAAAGAUAAAGCUGUUUACAUUGUCACAGGUGGUCUGACUGGUCUUGGAUUUGAAACAGUGAAAUUUAUUGGGAAUAAUGGUGGUGGCCACAUAGUGAUUCUAUCCAGAAGAAAAUCAACCUAUGAAAUGGAACAACAGUUAGCUGAGAUUCAGAAUCAAAAUGAAACUACCAAGAUUGUCACUUUAUCAUGUGACAUUUCCUGUUACCCAGAGGUUAAAAAUGCCAUUGAUUUCAUAAAAACAAUAUUUCCAAAUAUCCCGGUGAAAGGUGUCUUCCACAGUGCUGUUGUUUUUAUUGAUAGGAUUCUGCAGAAUCUAAACUUGUCCCUGUUUGAGAAAGUUCUUAGCCCAAAAGUAGAUGGAGUUGUGAAUCUUCACCUUGCCACAUUAAACAUGAAACUUGACUAUUUUGUUUGCUAUUCAUCUAUUGCUUCAUUUGUUGGAAAUUCAGGACAAGCAAAUUAUGCUGCUGCCAACUCCUUUCUAGAAAUGUUCUGCAAAUACAGAAGGAAUAUGGGCCUUUGUGGACAAGCGAUCAGUUGGGGUGGCCUCAAUCUUGGAUUUUUACGCAAUCGGCCUCAUAUGCAUAGAAUCUUAGAAGCAAAAGGAAUACUUCUCUUGAGUACUGUGGAAAUUCAUGAGCAUCUAAAGAAAUGUCUUCAAUUGAAUAAUCCAAGUCAAGCAAUAUUCAAAUUUAACUUUAAAACCACGUAUGAAAACCAGAUGUCACAAAUCCCAGCACUAAAAAGGCGGUUCUACAGUGUGGUACUAGGAGAGAUGAGUAGUUGGGAGCAAACAUCAAAAGAAAACCAAUCUUUAAAAAGCAAAAAGGAAACAUGUGAAGAUGAUAUUUUGUUAGUAGUUACUGAACUCACAGGAGUCAGCCCAAGUGACAUCACUAUGAGCACUCUUCUCAGUUCUCUGGGGAUUGACUCAAUGUCAGCUAUGACAUUACAAAGUCGUAUCCUCAAAGACAAAAAUGUAAACAUACCCCUGGUCAAACUACUGGAUCCCAACACAACAAUCUCAAAUCUGGUAUCACUGGUUAAAGAAACCACUGGCGAUAAAAAAGAGAUUGGAAGCGAGAUAAUAGAGGAAACUCUACUGUAAGAAGGAAACAAUUAGUCAAUAUUGGGCAAAAUUUAUUGAAUUACUUUUGCUUACAGCAUUCAUUGCACAUUUAUUGAUGUAUAGCAAUAAAUCGUGAUGUGAUUUUUAGAAUAAAUUACUUUAUCAUCUCAAAUAUUUUUAUAUCCUUCAAUUAAUCCAGUUUAGUUGAAAUCUGUCCAUAUAGACUCAA